AAAUUACAAUUUCUCACCUAAAAGGGAAAAAGAAAAAGAAAAAGAAAAAGUGAAAUAUUUUGUUUUUUUCAUAAAACUCUUCGCAUGCCAAAACACUUUCGCUUGCUUUUCCAGCUUCGCCCUCUCCUCGAAAGCAUCCCCCCUCUCUCUCUCACCCACGAGGCCGGAGCAGAGAAGAAUUUAAAUUGCAAAUACAGUUCACCAUUUCCAUUAUACUAACGAAAAGGUUCUUUCGACAUACAUUACUCACGGAUCCGAUGAUUGAUUCGACCUCAUCUGUUCCGGAACUGAUCGAAUUUCUCAAACCCUCAUUUCGCGAUUGCGAGUAUGAUGAGGUGCAGGGUAUACUGGUGGACCGGGAAAAAAGAGUGAAAUUUGAAAUCGAAAAUCUCGUGACAGAACGAGAUGAACUGAAGAAGCACGUUGAGUUUUUGGAGAAAUCUAAAGGCUACACGGAGUUGGAGAAGUGUGAACUGGAGGAGAAGCUGGGUAGGAGCGAGAGGAGAGGUAAGGAGUUGGACAAAAAAAUUAUGCAAAUGAGUGAGAAACUGGAGAAACUGAGGAAUGAAAAAACGGUUGUUGAGGAGAAGCUGGUUUGGAGUAGUGAAAAAAUUGGGGAGAUGGAUGAAAGUAUGGUCGAAUUGGGGAAGGAGAUUGAGGAAUUGAGAAGUGAGAAGCUCUCGGCAACUAAAACCAUUGAGGAGUUACGGGCAAAGGAGGUUGAGGCUGAUCGUGUUGUGCAGGAACUGAAGCGCAAAAAUGCUGAGGCUCUCCAGACGAUUGAAGAGCUGAGAGUGAAGAAGAUGAAGUCUGAUAAGGCAGUUGGAUUCUAUGAAAAUGAUUUAGAUCCGAGGAUUUUGAAGCUGGAGAGAACCCUUGCCAACUUGUUCAGUGUGGAUGUGGAAGAUCUUGACGGUCUUGCUGCUAAGGCUGAAGCUGAAGGGAAGGCAAUUUCUCCGAACGGUGAGGUGAACCUCGAAGAAGAAGAUAUGGCUAUUGUGUUACGUGAAGCUCCUGCAGUUUCUGGUUCACACUCAAGGGUAAUGCAAUCGGGUGGUGAGGUGCCUACACAGAAGACGGUGCCCAUGCCUCCAUCUCAUGCUGCUGGAAACGUUGUGAUUGUGAUAGACGAUAGCGACAGUGGCAGUGAUAAUGAAACCUCCAUUCCUGACUCGUCAUCUAGGAAAAUAAAUGAGGACAGAACAGACAGCAGUGAGGAUUCUCUUAUGAGUCCUACUAAGAGGAGGAAGUUAAGCGCAUCUGCUACACCAUCUCGCUGCAGUUUUCCCAGCAGAGUUGAAGAAAGAGUUGAUGCUCUUCAACAGCCUCGUAGCCUGGAUUGUGUGGAUUCCACGGAUUCGGAUGAUGACUUGAUCUCGGAUGACCAUAUGAACAACCUUGUUGCGACAUGUCAAAGCAAAGUAAGGAGCACAAAAGGUUAGCUGUCGUGACUGCUUUUCUGUAUCUUGUAUGUAAUGGUACAUGUGACUACGCUGUUCUUAAUUGGGGCUUAUAGCUACGCGUGUAUGGUUGUUGAUAGAAUCAUUAUGCUGAUUUUGAUUUAGCUCUUGAAAGCCGAUGUUAAUUCCAAAACUGAAA